CUGAAUUUGAUCAAGUGUGUGUGUUUACUUCGCUCUUGAGGCAUUGUUUGAUUCAUUCAGUUUGGAGAAAGAUACUUAGUUCCAAUUGUCCAACAGCCGAAAUGUCAAUAACGCGGUUCGGAUAACCCAGCCACCUUCCACCAUGUCCAUACCGCCAGUCAAGAACUGGGCUGCACCUUCCCAAGACAUCACGAUUGCAAUUGCGGACAACAAGGGUACCGUCAUUCCGACGCCGCAUUCGUUUGUUUUGCCACCGCAACAGCCCACUCCGUUCAGUGGCAAUGCUGAGACGCCUGUGAACGCCGACGUCAGACGAGAUGAGCUCAAUCGACAUCAAUCUGCAGCUUCCGCUCCUGUCACUGCCACAGCCACUCCCUGGGCAACGCCGGUCGCGCCUGGAAAUGAUGUCAGGGUGGAGGUUGGAAAGAGCCAAUCCGCCUCGUCCACUUCCACAAAGGAUGGAUCCUGUCGGGCUGCAGGUAAAUUAAAGUUGCGGAAACAUAGAGUUCUGUUCCCACAGAAAACAGUCAAGAGGUUGGAGUACAUCUUCAAAAUCCAGAAACAGAUAUCCGCAGUGGAACGACGGGCACUGGCUAAAGUACUGAAUCUAACGGAGACCCAAGUCAAGACCUGGUUCCAGAAUCGACGCUACAAGGAGAAGAAAAGUUCCAUGGAGUCAACAACCAAUGGUGAGGAUAUUUCCCAUACAACAGGAAUGGGCGGACCAGCUGCUUAUGGCAGUUGCGCCAGCCCUUAUUAUCCCCGGCCACCACACGUGCACUACCCAGCUCCACCAUGUGGUAUGAAUGCUAUGUUUAGUGGUUACCAGUUUAGCCACGGGCAACUGCAAACAGCACAACCUGCAUUAGCUCAGGGACAGGCUGGCGUUUCCAUGGCAGCACCCAUCCCACAAAUGCCAAUGCAAGCACAGCAGCAAAUGCAGUUCCAGGUAUCAGCUAUGUCUGGGGCUCAUGGAGCGCCACCCUGUGCCAUGGCAGCAGCCAUUCCACAAAUGCCAAUGCCAGCACAACAGCAAGUGGAGUUCCAGGCAUCAGCUAUGUCGGGGGUUCAUGGAGCUCCACCCUCUGCCAUGAUGCAGCAACAGCAACAGGCAUUCCAGAUGCAACCUCCUGGAGCACCCGGUUCAGCAGCAACUAUGCCAAGUCCCUCUUCGUACUCUACUCCUUAGUAGUGUUGAGAACUCGCGGCCCACACGCAGGCAACAGAAGGAGAAGUUCUUGCUUACACGAAAGACUUGAGAUUAAGAGAAUGAGAGAGCACGAAAUACUGAAGUAAUUGAAGGUUAUCAAGGGCCUGUAUUACGAAAUACCGUUCGUCUAUUAUUUAACCAUGUCGCAUUUGGUUCUUGUCUCGUGGAGUCCCGUGUCUUAUGUCAUAAUAAUAUGGUUUAAGUGUCCGUGCGAGUAUGGUAUGAUGUGUGACGUUUAUGGUACAGUAUGUGGUACAUGCAAGAGUACGCGCUGUCAGAGUGUGAGAAUCUGCUUCCGAGUGACAGUGACUGUCAAGUGAAUGCUGUACGUGGGCAAUGCUAGUUUGGACUGGGAGUGAGAGUGAUUUGUGAUUCGUCCGUGGUCAAGUUGUUUUGGUCUUGGUCAUGUGUUCUGUACGUAAUUCGUCCCUGAUUGGUCGUCCCGAUUUGUCGUCUCUUUAUUACUGCUUGUUCUUUGUUGUUUCUUGGUGUUUUUCCUUGUCUUUUUGUCGUGUAUUGUUUCGUCUUUCUCCUCCUGCGCCCUCACCGUUUAUUAUUAAUUUUUUAUAAUAUUUUUAAUAGUCCACUAUA